AUGAGAGGUUUCACUCAGGCACAACAAGAGUCAUACGCUGAGCAUCAAUUAGACCAAGCAAACAAAGGCAAAUCGGGUAUCGGUUUUAAGAAGGCUAGCACCAGUUCUUCAUCCUCUUCAACCAUGCCUCACGGAAAGCACACCAUUUUGAAUCCAGUGAGUUCCCAGACUUUCCGUGUCUAUCCUUCCAAACAGCAACAACAAGAAAAGUUGAAAAAGUUGUAUCCUGCAAUUUAUGAUUUUUUGGUGUAUUGUGAAUUGGAUAACGUUGCCAAAGUGUUUGCUAAGGACACUCAAAUGGAAAACUUUACUGAGUUGACCAUCCCAACAGUUAAAGAGGUCUAUGAAACCUAUUUUGCAAAUUACGGAAUUGAUUUUUAUGGAGAUUACAAUUUAGGAGCUGCAUUGAAGGCUGCCAAAUCUUCAAAUACUCACAAUAACAUUAUUUAUCAAAACAACCAUGCAAUGACUGAUGAAGAUGUUGCAGUUGCUGCAAAGAGCGAAAAGAAAUCAAGCACUGAUUUGUCUUCUUCAGCAAAGAAAAAGUUCAGAAAAACCAAAUCUUCUUCUUCCUCAUCCUCUUCUGAUUCAGACAGCGACGAGGAAAUGAAGGAUGUUCCAAAGACUUCCGAAAAGAAGGAGGCAUCUUCUAGCAGCAGUAGUAGUAGUAGUUCUGAUAGUGAUGACAAGAACAAGACAAAACCAGCAACAACAAACACAGAUAACAUCAAAUCAACCUCAAAACCAGCAUCUGCAACAAAGAAAGAGUCGUCAUCCUCUGACAGUUCCGACAGCUCGAGUGAAGAUUCUGAUGUCAAGAUGAAGGAUCAAAACAAACCUACUGCAACCACCUCGAGUGCUAAUGGUUCAAAGAAACAACCAAGCUCAUCUUCUUCUUCGGAUAAUUCAUCAAGCGAUAGUGAUAGUAAAAAGAAGAAGCAAUCAGUAACAACCCCAAAGAUCAACCCACCAGUAGCAACUAGCAAUCCUACAAAGACAGCAGCAACUACCUCUUCCGAUGAUAGUUCUGAUAGCUCGAGUGAGGAUGAAAAGAAGAAACCUUCAGCUACUGCCCCUUCCAAACCAUCUGUUACUGUCACAUCUGCUACUUCUAAACCCACACCAACAGCCUCAAAGAAAUCCUCCUCAGAUGAUUCUUCAAGUGAUAGUUCCGAUAGCUCGAGUGAGGAAGACGCAAAGAAAAAACCUGCUACCUCUAAACCUGCAACUAGUGUGACUACUCCAAAGAAGAAGGUUGAAUCUUCUGAUAGUUCUGAUAGCAGCUCUUCUGAGGACGAAAAGAAACAAACCGUAACGUCAACCUCUAAACCAACCACCACUGCGACCUUAGUGAAACCAGCAGCGGAUAGCAAAAAGCAAGAAUCUUCGUCUGAGGACUCGAGCGACUCGAGUGAAGAUGACGAGAAGCCUGCUGUAAAGCCAACCCCAACCAAGCCUUUCACAACCACUACGACCUUCAAGAAGACUGCCUUUUCCAGUGAUAGUUCGGAUACCUCGAGUGAGGAAGAAAAGAAACCAAAACCAACACCAGUGGUGAAGCAACAACAGAAAGCUUCAGCAUCAUCUUCUGAUUCUUCAUCAAGUGAUAGUUCAAGCGAGGACGAGAAAAAGCCUUCCAUCAAGCCAACAAGUGUUGUCACCAAGACGGUAGCUACUACUGCUAGCUCAAGUGAUGACUCUUCUGAUAGCAGCUCUUCAGAGGAUGAAAAAACCACCAAGCCCUUGAACACUCCUGCUGCUUCGAAUGCUGUUUCUAAGAACAAUGCAACCACAAGUAAGAAAGCAGAGUCGUCAUCCUCUGAGGAUUCCUCUGAUGACAGUUCAGACGAUGAAAAGGCUACAACAAAACCAACAAGCUCUACAAAACAACCUACUGUCUCAACACCUGCUUCAAAGAAGAGCGCAUCCUCAGAUGACUCUGAUUCAGACACGUCAAGCGAUGAUGAAAAGAAGAAACCAACCAUCACUGCUCCUGCUCCAUCCACAAAGCCAUCCUUGGCCCAAUCCACCUCAAAGAAGAGCGCAUCCUCCUCAGAUGACUCUGAUAGUAGCUAUGACGACGACAAGAAUGAAGAAACCAUGAAAGACGAAGCUGAGGAAGAUGAUUCUGCAUCUGAUUUGAAGAGAAAGAGAAAUGACGAAGAAAACUCAACUACGGCCACUCCAUUAAUGAAAAAGACCAAAAUUCAAGACCAGCAAAAUAACAAUAAUGGAUCACAAAAUAAGGGAGUUCCAUUCCAACGAGUGAAGAGAGAUGAGGUUAAAUUUGCUGAUGAAAGACUUGCUCAACGAGCCUAUAAUUUUGGAGCUCAUGGUGAGAAGGCUUUGAAAGAUUUAGCUCCAACGAGAGGAAAAGAUUUUAGAGCUGCCAAGACUAAGAAGAAGAGAUCUUACAGAGGUGGACCCAUUGAUAUUCAUGCUGUGAGAAGUAUCAAAUUCAAUAAUAACAAGUAA